GUGGGGUCACAAUUUCAACUAAAGCACACUUAACUUUGGGUAUCAAAUCAACAGCUUUUAUAUAUGUCAUUGUACCACUCCAUAACACACCUAUUUUAUGCUGCCUGUUAUUCCUUUAAGCCUUUUACCUUUCCAAAUUUCCUCUUGAGCUUCAAGUCUUUAAAAAUAGAAAAAAAUCACACACAAAUGAAUCCUAACCAUUGCUACUCCAAACCCGACCGAAAAAUUAUUGAGAAAGAACGAAGAAAUGUUAUGAAAUCCCUUUAUUCCAGUCUCAAUUCUCUUGUUCCUAAUCAAUCAUCUAGGGAAAACUUUUCGAUACCUGGCCAGCUUGAAGGAGCCACAAAUUACAUAAAGAAGCUACAGUUUAACCUGGAAAAACUGAAGCAGCAAAAAGAAUGUCUCUUGAGGAAAGAUUCUGCAAAUUUGAGUGUGUGGGGAGGGAUUGAUUUGCCGAGCAUUGAUGUUUGUGUAAUGGGCUCUGCUUUGGAGGUUUUCUUGAUAUCUGGGAAAAAUUAUCAGUUUAAGUUAAGUGAAAUUAUCCGAAUAUUGCACGAAGAAGGUGCUGAAGUUGUGUCGGCCAGCUUUUCGGUGCUUGAUGAUGCAUUUUUACACACUAUGCAUUGCAAGGUUGAUUAUGGAGUGUCUUCACAAGAUGAUGCAGCUGCAAGAUUACGUGACAGGCUAAGGAACUUCGUUUCGAUAUUUAGAUAAAUAUAAAUAAAUGUCUUCUAUAUAUGGAAAGAAAAAAAAAAAUCACGUAUUUUGUUAUGCUUGUGAUCAAUUUAUGAUCUCAGGGUAUUUAUAUUAAUUUUGAAGUCUUCUUUGUCGUAUUAUUUGCCCAGAAUUUUUAAAAAGUACGUUUUUAGUUAUGCGUGAUUUGCAAUUUUAAUUCAGUGAAGUACUUACAUGAAUUGCUUUUAAUUAAUGAUCUAUAGUUGCAUCUUCAAAGAUCAUGCAUAGACAUAGUCAUUGGCACCAUAUAAUCUUAGCAAUAUUGCAACAUUCCUUACUACUCAUCAGUUAGUUUGCUUAUGUAAUUUGGGGAACUGUUUAUCUAUAACCAAUAUCUGGACAGAAAAUCUCUGACGCCCUUUUACUUUCUAUCAUAGCUUGAGAUAAUCAUUAAAUUAUAUUAAUCUUUCUCUAGAACAAGUUAUAUCGUAGAUUAAUUGCUAUUUAUAAAU